AUGGGGUCCGAGUCGGUGAAGGUGGUGGUCCGGUGCCGGCCCCUGAACCACCGGGAGCGGGCUCUCGGCUCCAACACGGUGCUGUCCAUGGACCUGCACCGGGGCCAGUGCUUCAUCUCGAGGCCCGGCGCGCGCGACGAGCCCCCGAAACAGUUCACCUUCGACGGCACCUACUUCAUGGACCAGCCCACCGAGCGCAUGUACAACGAGAUCGCCUACCCUUUGGUAGAGGGCGUCACUGAGGGCUACAAUGGAACAAUCUUCGCCUAUGGACAAACUGGAAGUGGGAAGUCUUUCACCAUGCAGGGAGUGUCCGAUCCUGCAGCCCAGAGGGGGGUCAUCCCGAGAGCCUUUGAGCACAUCUUUGAGAGUAUUCAGUGUGCAGAGAAUACGAAAUUCCUGGUGAGGGCCUCCUACUUGGAGAUUUACAAUGAAGAAAUCCGAGACCUUUUGGGUAGUGACACCAAGCAGAGAUUGGAGCUGAAAGAGCAUCCAGAGCGUGGGGUGUAUGCGCGGGACCUCUCCAUGCACACGGUGCACAGUGUGGGGGAGUGUGAGAGGAUCAUCGAGGGCGGGUGGCGGAACCGGGCCGUGGGCUACACGCUGAUGAACAAGGACUCCUCACGGUCCCACUCCAUCUUCACCAUCCAUCUGGAGAUCUGCAACACAGAUGCAGAUGGCCAGGAUCGUCUGCGAGCAGCUAAACUCAACCUCGUCGACCUGGCAGGAAGUGAGCGUCAGUCCAAGACCGGCGCCACGGGCGAGCGACUCCGCGAGGCCACCAAGAUCAACCUCUCCCUCUCGGCCCUGGGCAACGUCAUCUCGGCGCUGGUGGACGGCCGCUCCAAACACGUCCCCUACCGGGACUCCAAGCUGACCCGGCUGCUGCAGGACUCUCUGGGAGGCAACACGCGCACCCUGAUGAUCGCCUGUCUCUCGCCCUCGGACAACAACUACGAGGAGAGCCUGAGCACGCUGCGCUACGCCAACCGCGCCAAGAGCAUCCAGAACAGGCCUCGCAUCAACGAGGACCCCAAGGAUGCUCUGCUCCGAGAGUUUCAGGAGGAGAUCAAGAAGCUGCGGGCACUCAUCUCCGGCCGGCUGGGCACCGCUGACCUUGCGUCUCUGCUGGCCGGUCAGGUGUCCGAGGCGUCCCCCGCUGUUCCUUCAAGGCCGCAAUCCAGCAACACGGAAGCAGAGAAGGAGAAGAUUAAAGAGGAGUACGAAGUGAGGCUGGCCAAGUUGCAGGCCGAGUACAACGCAGAGCAGGAGUCCCGAGCACAGCUGCAGGAGGACAUCGCCGCCCUGCGUUCCUCCUGUGAAGCCAAGCUGUGCGAUCUGGAGACGGCUCGAGCCAGCAGGGGGAGCUCCGUCCCACAGGAUGAAGACCGGAAAGCGUCCCCCCGAGAACCGUUGAGCUCCAGCUGUAUGACGGAGGAUGCCGAGGGAGAGUUCUGCCACGACACCGGUCCCACGUGCCACGGAACAACUGGAGAGAGCUCCCUAACCGAGCCAGUCGGGGUCCCACAAAGACCAGACGGAUGCUCACCCGACGUCGCUGCAGGGCCUCCGGACCAGCAAAACGCCCUGGAAAGACUGCAGCAGCUGGAACAGGAAGUGGUUGGAGGAGAGCAGGCCAGGAACAAAGAGCUGAAGCAGAGACAGAGGCAGAGGAGGAACCUGGCCGACCAGAGGAAGGUCCACCUUAUCCGCGCUCUGUCGGAGGACGGCGAGGACAGCGAACAAGUGCUGUUGAGCGUCUACAACUCCAUCCAGGAAGAGGUCCAUGCCAAAAGCCACAUUCUGGUCAAGGUCCAGGGCAAGCUGAAAGCGGCCAAACUGGAGAUCCGCGACCUGCAGGCGGAGUUCGAGGUGGAGCGGGACGACUACCUGGCGACGAUCCGGCGCCUGGAGAGGGAGGGCCAGUUGCUGCACGGCCUGCUGGAGCGCAUGGCGCCCCUGGUGCGCCGCGACUGCAACUACAGCCACCUGGACCGCUUGAAGAAAGAGGCGGUCUGGGACGAGGACGGCGCCACCUGGCGGCUGCCCGAUGUCACGGUGCAGAAAACGACGCUGCCUUCAGCAGCGGCUCUGAAACUUUCAGCUGGCAGAGGAUCAGCUGUUGACACUGGAGAGCCAUUCAUGGUGGAGGAGGACCGAUACAAGGAGAUGCUGGACCGUAGCGACAGUGAGAACAUCGCCAGCAGCUACUUCAAGUCCAAGAGAGCGAGCCAGCUGCUGGGACGGGAAGCUCCCAAGGGACACGCCGCCGUCCACUCUCCCCCCCCGGCCAACGGGACGGCCCACCCCACGGCGAGCGGCUCCGCCCCGAACCCGCCCGUCGGCGCGGACUCCGUCCUGCCACGCCCCUUCCGCCUGGAGUCGCUGGGUGUCCCAGCGGCCAACGCCAAGGUGAGGCGCAAAAAAAGCAAAUCUCACAUCCACAACGAGGGGAAUUGA